AAAACAAUUAUCUGAAUCUGACCAACAAUUGCUAAGAUUGCACUAAUUAGCCAACAUUGUUAUUGACAUGGCUCCACUCAAGUGCUUGUAAUUUCAACAUGCAUUAUGAAAUACGUAGGCUCGAAGCGACGAUAUUCAUUCAUGCACUCUACUCUCAUAGCGACACGUCGUAAGGAAUUAUUUCCUCAAAUUUGAGAAGAUGAAGCCUUUGAAAAAUAAAGCCAAGAUAAAUCUUCGAACUUGCGAAAUGCUUUUGCAUCCAAGCGAAGAAACGAAACCUGCGAACACCAGAAGAUCAACAAAUACCAUAAGCAGUCGUGCAAAUCAUUGGGAUAUUGAAGGGAAUUAUUGUCCAGAAAUUGAACUUGGCCGGGUUUUGGGUAGUGGUGGAUUCGGGCAGGUCUUUGAGGCGAUAUGGUAUGGCAAAAUUGCAGUAAAACAGCUGACGUUAAAAUCCAAGCUACGAAACAGAAAUGCACCUGAAGAGACAUUGAAAGCUGAAAGUUUGCUUUUGGAGUAUACACAUCGGAAUCUUGUUGAAGUUUUAGGAGUUUUUAGUGGGGACUCCAUCGAUGAUUGUUUCGUUAUCAUGGAAUUUGCCGGGGAGAGAAAUUUGCAAGCUGUUAUUGACGAUGAAUUUGUUGAUCUUACUGAGUCUCUGCGUGUUCGUAUAGCGUUGGAUAUCACGAGCGGACUUGAAUUCAUGCAUGAGCGAGGUCUCGCUCAUUUGGACAUUAAACCAGCAAAUAUUAUAGUAAAUAAAGAUUUUGAAUGUAAAAUCUGUGACUUUGGAUGUUGUCAAUAUGUGGAACUGAGCGACACUAAAGAUUACCAUCCACCAAGCCCUACAAACUCAAGUCUUGCCGGAACUUAUACCUAUCGUGCACCUGAACUAUUGAAAGGCGGAUUCCCCACAACAAAAGCCGAUAUUUACUCGCUUGCCGUUUGCUUGUGGCAAUUAUGUGUUAGAGAACAACCUUACGGAAGGGAAAGCCAUUUUGUGAUCAUAUUUGGCGUUGUACAGAAAGGUCUAAGGCCUCAGUUUCCCCAGGAAGUUAUUUUGAACUCUCGAAACACUAUGUACAUUAAUUUGACAUCAUCAAUGUGGCAUCCAGACCUGUCCGAGCGUCCUACUGCCAAGGAGCUUGUUAAAAUAUUGAAGAAUUGGCACAAUCUGUAAUAUAUGGACAAAUGCCUUUGAUAGAAAAUUGUGGACAGUUGUAUAUAGCGGUAUUUUUGUUGUAAAUUAUCAAGUUUGUGCAAUGGCAGGGCCCAUGCAUUUCCCAAGUGAAUUUAAGAUUUCGAAAUUCGUACAAUAUUUAUCAAGAUGCAGUCGUACACUUGAAAGUGAAAGUUUCAUUUUCAUUUUAUAUUUGAAUGGAAGUACUUGUUAUGUAAUUUAUAAAUAGAUGUUUGUGCUUACACACUUUAGAGCAUGCCGAAACGUCAGAUAAUCUUACAUUGCAUAUUGCAAAAAUUAUGUAUAUAUAUAUGUAUAUAAAUAUUUCUGGAGUUGUAAAAUUUAUGUAAAAUAUAGUUCACAACUAUUUUUGCUAAA